GCUAACAGAUGCUAGCGCUACUCCUCUUACAACACACGGUGAAGGUUACAGUGGCAGUAUACUGACACACUAGGACAGGACGUCGAGUCAUUUGCUGUGUGAGAAUGAUGAUAACUCAAGGCUUUGCAACAGUUUAGCUAAUGAUGUAGCUAAUAAGCCCUAAGGAGGAGAACACAAUGGACCUCCACAAGAUCAUCCACAGAGCCCUGCAUGAGUUUAUCCAGGCUUACAUCCCUGAUGCUGAUCUCAGCACACUGGACGAUGUUCUUCUGUCCUACAUCACUGGAGUCCUGGAGGACCUCGGCUCCCAGCAGAGUGUUGAGGAGAACUUUGACGUUGAGGUCUUUGCAGAGAUGUUGGAAGCUUACAUACCUGGCUUUGCCGAAAUUGACAGUGUCAAAGUCUGUGAAAUGAUGUUCAAUCUGGCUUCAAAACUAGCCACCGCUCGGACCUCAGAAAUCGUUGCGCUUAAAGCCAGGACAGAAGAGAAUUCACUGAAACUCACCACUCUGCCCAGUGAACCUCCACCAGGAGAAACGCAGUGCCUUAAAACACAGACAGAGGGCGCCACAGCCAAGCUACCAGUGUCUGAGUGGGAGUCCCAGGAGCAGCACCUGCUCGAGAUGUUUCCAAAGUGCAGUCUGUCGGAGGCUCGCAACGCCCUGUCUAUUGCCAAAGGAGACAUGGAGGAGGCUGUGCGCCUCAUCAUAGAGGGUGAUGUCCAACUCAGCUCCACUCCUCAUAAUGUAAACCACGGGAAGAAUAUUUCUUCACAAGCGGACCACAAACUUAAAGAGAGCAUCCUUGAAAAGUACAUGCUGGUGGAUAGGGAGGAGGAUAAGAAAACCCACCGACCUGUCGCCCCCAAAGAUGCUCCAAAGAAGCUUGUUCGGUACCACGGUAACCAGGUGGUGACUACAAAAGGAGAGCGAUAUCAGCUCGUGAAGAAAGAUGAAGAAGAGGACAUGAAGAAGACAUACGUCAACCUCAAGCCCGCACGAAAGUACAGAUUCCAUUGAUGACGAGCACAACAGUGUAAGAGCAGCUUCUGACAAUAUUGUUUACACUGUUUUUAUUUAUUAAGUUAGUUUGGCCUGAAUUUGUUAGAAGUUUUCCAAGUAAAGAAACAUAUUUAUUGGUGUGUCAGUGGCUUAUUUUUAAAUAUUGUUACUGUUAUAUGCCUUGGUUAAAACAUUUAAUGUUUCAGUUACUUGAGGAGCUUUUGACAUUUUGUGAUAUUUUGGUGAGGUUGUUGUUCUCGUUUGUGUAACAGUCCAACUCAUCUACUUCCAUUUCAGCAGGUCUGAUGUUGCACUUACAUUAUCGGUUUUUUUUUUACCUCUUCAUUUUCAUUUAGAUUUCUUUUCACUUCCAAUAGACAAUAUAUAUUCAUAAUCAUGACUUGAAGAUGUAGAAAUUAAUCUAUGGUCUUUUCUGUAAAUAAGUUCUUGUGGUGCUGUAGAGCUUCUUCUGGACAUUACGAGUCUCAACUGUUUUUUAAUGUACAUAUCAAGUUAUUUAAGCCAACUUAUUUUUACAUCAUACAGGACAAUAGUGCUGUGAAAAUGUGUGGUCAAGCCUUGUGAUUUGAUUAAUUUGUUGUACUAUCAAAUGGUUUUAAAAUGAAAACUCAUUUCUGAAACAUGUAGAUUUUUUUAAAGAACAUUUGCACAGCGAGUAGCUGCAGCAAUUCUCACCUAAGAGUGUGUCGUCUCCUUUUGUUGGAUAUGGUGUGUUACGGAUAUCAAGUUUAUAGUACUAUACACCUACAGUAUUGUUUACUUUCAAAGACUAGACUAUAGAGAGUACAUUACUGAGUGUCGACUAAAUAAACUGUCCUGCUCGAAGCAUGUUUUAAACGAUAUAACAUUAUUUUUAGAAUUUUUAAAAUUAAAAAACACUUUAAAAAAAUGAAACAUGACGACCUUGCCUCAAAGCUUUCCAAAAGUGAGAUUUGUUCGCCUGUGGCUUCAACCUAUUUUUCAAUGAUAUAACUAAGCUCUUUAAAAACAAAAUGGAAAACAUUGUUCAGCCAUUAAUAAAUUAAUUGGUAAUACAUUUUCUAGCACAACAAAUUCAAUUCUCAAGAGCACAUACUAUUACAACACUCAUUACUUGGCCUAAUAAAGUGGAUGACUGUGGUUGCCCCCUAAAUGUUUAGCAAAAAUGCUAUGUGGGGAACUGAUUUUCAAGUUCAUUCCGAAAGCAUUAUCUUUAUUUUUUAUAUAGAUGUCUACAUUUGCCAAAGUCUCCGAUCAUGUAUAUAUUGUGAAGAGGGCCAUUGUGUGCUUUCAGGGUGUGUCUGUUCAAAUGUGUAACCUAAGUGGUCCUCCGUCAAGGCUCCUUCCAUCUCAUUCAUGUUGUGAAUUUUGCUUCGCUUGUGAUUGUGGAUUUUUUUUUUUAUUAUGAUUGGAUUUCUUAUUUGAUUCUUGUUUGUUGUUUAUUAGGAUAAAUGGGAUAGUCAGGUGUUUUUUUAUUUUUAUUUACAAAUAUAUACUGUUUACUUGUGUUCCCCUUUGCAUCCAUUUUAAGGAACUAUAAGCUAUUGUUUUUGAUUGGUGGUAAUCUAGUUUUUUUAGAGUGUAAGUGUAACACAAUCAACUGUUGAAAAUAUGUGUUGUUACUGAUUAUCAGCAGCAAUGUUGUAUUUAAUUACUAGAUGAAGCUGUUUAGUUUUAACCCUGCGCUUUGAGAAACCGCUGACGGACAAUUUGUAGUAAAUAAAUACUAAUUUUUGUAGUUCAUUCA